AUGAGUGUGCCGGCCGCGGAUACAUACGCCGAGGCCGGGCCAUCGUCGUUGCGCGCCCCACACCACGACCCAGCCAUACGACGCAGCAAAACGAUCAACUACCCUCUUCACCACUCUCCACCUGCUACCACAGCUUCGGCGCCUUCGGCUGGCUCAGCGGUCCAUCAGCUUGCCCUCCCAAUCCAGCUCAACUAUGCCGCCGCCAAAUCCAACGACAUCGCCGUCGGCGAGCUUCGAGGUCCCACGCUUAGCCCUUCGCGGCGCGGAGACACCCUCCGUGCCUACUCACGACAACGCCGCGUCUUCUCGGAUCGCGAUAAUGCUCCUCAAGCAAGUCCGGACCGCUUCGCCCGCAACUUGCCCCUUCCAGCUCCCGCCUCGCCCUCGCUUCGCCUUGUGCAGUCAAUGCGCAACACCGAUCCAACCGGCGUCUCCGCUCUCCUUUUCUCCUCCACCAACGACGAUCCAGAUGCGCUCCUCGCCGCGCCCAGACACUCGUCCUACCAUCUAGACGCUCCUCUCGACGAAACACAGUCCUCCAUGUCCAGCACGCCCAGCUUGACGAGCCCAACCUCCACCCUCUCGCGCUCCACCUCGCUCCGAUCAGCACGCGACGAACGUGCCACCUUCCCAGCUGGCACUCGCUACCUCUCGCUCAAUGCCUCCUCCGAACUCCCCACAAUCGCAGCAGAAGGUCUCUCGCCCGAGUACGGCGCUUCCAACUGGACACGUAGGGCCAGGAGGUGGUCCAACUCCAUGUCGCGCAGGAUGAGCAUCACCGCUCUCAACCACACGUUGCACUCCACAACCACCCCGUACCUCAAGGCCGGCCUUCAGGAGCUCCGCUCCAUCUUUGACGUCGACACCCUCGGCGCCGCCCUCGACGACCAGCACGACGAUGACGACCUCGAGGGCGCCUCACCCAUCGGCCACCACGCACGCCUGGCCUCCGACCACGAGCGUCUCCGACUUUUCAGAUCAAGCGGUACCGCCUCGUCGCUCGCAGCCUCGCGCCAGCAAGCCGUCUUUGAAUCGCCCGAAGACUUGACGCCAAACCUUUCCCGUCAGAGCAGCUCCGAGGACCGAGAGCACAUCCUUCAGACUUCAGCCAGCCGGACCGCCAUCAGCUUCAAGAGCCAGAUCUACGAGGCUCCCGUGACACAUCGUCGAGCGCAAUCAUGGCGCAAGCACAGGAGCCUCUCCAUCUCGGACCUUCCCCUUCGCUCCGAGCUUGAGAGUUCACGCGAGAAGCAGCCGACCGGUCUUGUCCCCAACGCCUGUCCCGCCACGUCCAGUGGUCGAGACGGUGCUCCGCGUCCCCAGUCGAUACGUGCGCCAUUGGUGGCGGUCGGACUAGCUGCGCUCAGCGUCAGCAUCGUCGCUCUGUGCGUUCUCGAGACGUCGAUCCAUCCGGACGCAGCCUCGAUGCCUUUGACCGCCUUCAUGCUUUCGCAGUCCGCCUUUGCACUCGUCGGAGUCGCGGGCCUGGCGCUGCAGAGACGCUGGCUCAUCGACCUCGCCUCGCGCCUCAUCCGCGCCCAUGUCCUUUGCCAGGUGCUCAUCGCCAUGGCCGCGCUUCGCAGCCUCAGUCGCACCGCCUUCUACCGCGACCGCUUCGACCGAGCUACCUCCAAUGCCACCAUGUCGUCGGGCAUGCUCACCUCCUCGCAUCUGCUUUCGACACGCCUUGACGCGGAUCCGCAUACGUCGCUCGUUGGUUCGCUGGGCGACCAAGUGACCUACCUCUGCGUCUUCCUCGUCCAGGCCGCCUUGCCCCUUGCGCUCGUGCUGUGGGCGCAGUACUCGAUGGCCACCACGCUCAGCCGCACCACACGCCAGCUCCCUGCCCACCGCACAGAACCGUCGAUGCCCAUCAUCAAGGUGGCCGAUGCGGUAGUCGUCGAUGUCCCGCACAGCCACAGAAUGCGCUACAACAGCGAGAAUCCGUCCAACACCAAGAGCAGCACGCAGAGCAUCGGCACCAGCGAGGGAUGGCUCGGAUUCGUCAUUACGAGGAUCGACGAUUCGGCGUCCAAGCCGCAGUACGAACUGGAUCCGCUCGAGUUGGCCAAUAGACUGCAGGCGUUGGCUGGUGUGGAGAAGUAG